UGGUUGCAGUUGAAUUUUUCUGGACCUGGACAUAACCUUCUGUGCCGUGUUCCUGUGUCUCCAGCAGCCAAAGUCCUCUGGAAAGCCAUUUGCAGAGGAUUGUGUUGGGGACUCUGCCUCUCCUCCCUGUGCUACACCCAGUCCUUGCAUCCUUGGUGCUCAUGAGGCCUCCCCAAAUCCUUGAGCUGGCCAGUGGUUCAGCACUGCAUAGCAGGCCCUUCCCUGCCGAGAGCUAGCCCCCCUCAUUUCUGCCAGCAGCCCCAGGUUGUUGGCAUGGAGCCGAGGCCGAGGAGGCCCCUGAGCAGAGUGCUUCUGUAGGACUGUGCAGUUCAAAUGUUCAGCAACACCAGAAGCAGCACUGUGGAGAGAAAUCCUCAAAAAGACAACAGGGCAGGGUUCCAGUUUUGAGGAGUAGCAAAGUUCAACUAUCAGAGAAGUCCUUGCAAAGCAGGGAGGUUGGGAAGGACCCCUCGACCAGCUCAGUUACUCUCAAGCACCAGGUGACUCACACGGGAGAGAAGUCACAUAGGAGCUCCAAAAGUAGGGAGGCCUUUCAUGCUGGAAAAAGGCAUUUCAAAUGCAGUGAGUGUGGGAAAGCCUUUGGGCAGAAAUAUUUACUUGUUCAGCACCAGAGACUACACACUGGGGAAAAGCCUUAUGAAUGCAGUGAAUGUGGGAAGUUAUUUAGAGAUAUGUCCAACCUUUUUAUACACCAAAUAGUUCACACUGGAGAAAGGCCUUAUGGGUGUAGUGACUGUGGAAAAUCCUUUAGCCGUAAUGCUCAUCUCGUUGAACACCAGAGAGUUCACACUGGAGAAAAGCCUUUUACAUGCAGUGAAUGUGGAAAAGCUUUCAGGCAUAAUUCCACACUUGUUCAGCAUCACAAAAUCCACACUGGAGUCAGGCCUUAUGAGUGCAGUGAAUGUGGAAAAUUGUUUAGUUUCAACUCCAGCCUCAUGAAACAUCAGAGAGUUCACACUGGAGAAAGACCUUAUAAGUGCAGUGAAUGUGGAAAAUUCUAUAGCCACAAGUCCAACCUUAUCAAACAUUGGCGUGUUCACACUGGAGAAAGGCCUUAUGAGUGCAGCGAAUGUGGGAAGUUUUUUAGCCAAAGCUCAAGCCUUAUGCAACAUCGAAAAGUUCACACUGGAGAAAAGCCUUUUAAGUGCAAUGAAUGUGGGAGAUUAUUUAGAGAGAAUUCCACCCUUGUUAGACAUCAGAGGGUUCACACUGGAGCAAAGCCUUAUGAGUGCACGGAAUGUGGGAAGUUUUUUAGCCAAAGCUCAACCCUCAUGCAACAUCGAAAAGUUCACAUUGGAGAAAAGCCUUUUAAGUGCGAUGAAUGUGGGAGAUUGUUUAGAGAGAAUUCCAGCCUCAUUAAACAUCAGAGGGUUCACUCUGGAGCAAGGCCUUAUGAGUGCAGGGAAUGUGGGAAAUUUUUUCGCCACAACUCCAGUCUUUUUAAACACCGAAGGAUUCACACUGGAGAAAUGCAGUGAUUGUGCGAAAUCCUUUAGCCAGUGUUUCAACCUUAUUUAUAACACCAGAAGGUUCACAGUGGAAAAAAGUCCUGAAGAUAACAGAUGGAAAUCCCUUAGCCACACCUCCAAUCUCGUUCAACACUGAACAGUUCGCAAAGUGGACAAUGUAGUGAAUAUAGAAAAGGGUUUCAGCCAAAGGCCUAACCCUAUUCAACACCAGAAAGUUUAGACUGGAGAAAGGCCUUAGGGUGGCGGGUUAUAUACUGUCUCUGAAUCAAUAUGACCUCACUUAAAACAGAAACUCUGAGGAUGGCCUUUAUGAGGGAGCUGGCAAUUGAACGUCAUUCAUCUAAAUAAGCACACUGGAGGCAGGAUGAGAAUUCCUGACAGAUUGUCCUUCCUGAGAAGACAGCCCCCUGCCUUGGAGCUCCAGAGAGAGGGAGCCCUGUAUUCUUGGCUGCACCAGUCGAAUGGAGUUUUAAUCCCGCUGAGUUUGGAGUUGGGGGAGGAAAGGAGUUGUUUUGGUUCAGAUGUGACUGACUUUUGCUGUUCUUAUGAGUGUUAGAUCUUUAAUAAAUAUUUAUUUGUCGUACACCCUUA